CAGCAGCCGCGCCAUUCAUGAAUCUGCCUCCCCCGUGUUGGGGAAAGUCACGCGCCGCUUCCCGCGUUCGAACCCUUCCUUCCAUUCAACAACAUUCGAUGAGCCACGCCCACCUCCCUCCAGACCCCCGCCCUCGUGCUUGGUCCUCGCGCGGCGAUUGGAUAGCAGACCUCAGCUCCGCCUACGCGUCUUAGUCCGAGAGCAGCCAUGGAGCGGGCGUCGCGGGAGCUUCCCGCAUCCUGGGCACCAGAGCGCACAGUAUGGCUGAGCAGUGGAACCCCGAUGCCUCUUCUGGGGCUGGGCACCUUCCGCUUGCGGGGUGAGGAGGCCGUGCGCCUCAGCCUGGACGCUGCUCUCGGGAACGGCUACCGCUUGGUGGACACGGCCGCCGUCUACGGCAAUGAGUCCGCCAUCAGGCACGCUCUGAGGGAGCUGCUGCCACGCCACGGCCUGGCUCGGGGAGACGUCUUCCUAACCAGCAAGCUGAGCCCAAGGGAUCAGGGGGAGGAGGCGGCCGAAGGAGCCUGCCUGCGAAGCCUGGAGGAGCUGGGCUGUGAUUACUUAGACCUCUAUCUCAUCCACUGGCCCGGGACCCAAGGCCGGCCGCAGGAGGACAGGAGCAACUGGGAACAGCGGCAGCAGAGCUGGCGGGCUCUGGAGAGGCUGUACGAGGCCGGGAAGCUCCGGGCCAUCGGGGUCUCAAACUACAGCAUCCAGCAUUUGGAGGAGCUGUUGGCAGUGUGCCGGGUGCCCCCCUCCGUUCUCCAGGUGGAGUUCCACCCAGAACUGGCGCAGGGGGAAUUGCUGCGCUUCUGCCGGAGCAAAGGCAUCCACCUGCAGGCCUACUCCUCGCUGGGGACCGGCCAGCUGGUGGGGCGGCCAGAGGUGGUGAAGGUCGCCGCACGACACGGGCGCCCGCCUGCCCAGGUCUUGCUGCGCUGGGCUCUGCAGCAAGGGGUGAGCGUCAUCCCCAAGUCUGCCACCCCGAGCCGUGUGGUGGAAAACAGCCAGCUCUGGGGUUGGGAGUUGAGCCCAGCGGAUAUGGAGGAGCUGGGUGCAUUGGAUUGUGGGAAGCGCUAUUGCUGGGAUCCCACCAAUGUGGCUUAAAACAGGGGUGGGGG